UUGAAUAGAUUUAUGCUGCCCACGCCCACGCCACUUUCUCCACAAUCCACCGCCACAAUUGGACAAGUCCACCGUCCGUCUAUUUGACUGACACCGCCUUAGCGGCUGUCUCCUCCCAGUGGCAACAGACUAUUUUUGCUGGGGGGGGAAACAACAAAAUUUGGACCGUUCAGUGGGUUCCGUGUCCUCUGUGGGAAGCACAGUGGACGGCGGGGUAACGAGCGACUUGCUUGAGCUCGAUAGCGAGGCUGCAGCAUGCUCUCCGUGUUCCUGUCGUGGGUGGAAAUAGCAUUCUACCUUCAUUUGUGCUCUCUCGUGGACUUCGGGGAUGCACACAAUGCGAAGGAAGUGGUUCUGUUGGACUCCAAAGCACAGCAGACGGAACUGGAGUGGAUUUCCUAUCCACCUAUUGGGUGGGAAGAGAUCAGCGGCGUGGAUGAAAAUUAUACACCCAUUCGCACAUAUCAGGUGUGCAAAGUCAUGGAACCUAAUCAGAAUAACUGGCUUCGGACUAAUUGGAUAAGAAAGGGCAAGGCCCAAAGAAUUUUUGUGGAACUCAAGUUUACCUUAAGGGAUUGUAACAGUCUACCUGGUGUGGUAGGCAGCUGCAAGGAGACGUUCAACUUGUAUUAUCAGGAAACCGAUUCAGAGUUGGGUCGGAAUAUGCGAGAGAACCAGUACGUGAAAAUCGACACCAUUGCAGCUGAUGAAAGCUUCACUCAGGGCGACUUGGGGGAACGGAAGAUGAAGCUCAACACUGAAGUGCGAAUAAUUGGCCCCCUAUCCAAACAGGGGUUUUACCUGGCCUUUCAAGAUGUCGGGGCGUGCAUUGCCCUGGUGUCUGUCAAAGUGUAUUACAAGAAGUGCUGGUCCAUCAUAGAGAACUUGGCUAUAUUCCCAGACACUGUGACCGGAUCUGAGUUCUCCUCCCUGGUGGAGGUUGAGGGAAUAUGUGUGAAUGACGCAGAGGAGGAGGUGGACAACUUUCCCAAGAUGCACUGCAGCGCUGAGGGGGAAUGGCUGGUGCCCAUUGGAAAAUGCAUAUGCAAAGCAGGAUUUCAUCAGAGAGGAGAUGCAUGUGAACCAUGUGGCCAUGGAUUCUACAAAUUUUCCUCCCUGGACCUACAGUGCUCUCGCUGCCCGAUGCACAGCUUUAAUGAGCAUGAGGGUUCCUGGCGCUGCGACUGUGAGGAUGGCUACUACCGAGCUUUUUCUGACCCUCCUUCUGUGGCCUGCACAAGACCACCUUCAGCACCACAGAAUCUAAUCUACAACAUCAACCAGACAACAGUUAGCCUGGAGUGGAGCCCGCCAGCUGACACAGGUGGACGCAGUGACGUCACCUACAGGGUUAGAUGUCGGCACUGUAGCUGGGAACCUGAAGAGUGUGAACUAUGUGGGCCAAACGUGGGAUAUUUUCCUGCACAGUCACAAUUAGUGAAUAAUUAUGUCAACAUUGUUGACCUCCUGGCCCAUGCCAACUACACUUUUGAGGUGGAAGCUGUCAAUGGCGUGUCUGACCAGAGCCGCACGCAAAGGCUGUUUGCAGCAGUUACUGUUGCCACUGGACAAGCAGCUCCAUCACAGAUCAGUGAAGUCAUCAAGGAGAAAGUUCACCAGCGUAGCAUCCAGCUCUCCUGGCAGGAGCCCCAGCAAUCCAAUGGGAUCAUCACAGAAUAUGAAAUCAAAUACUAUGAAAAAGAUCUGAAGGACAGGACCUACUCCACAGUGAGGGCCAAAUCCACAUCAGCGACUGUGAACCAUCUGAAACCUAGCACAGCUUAUGUUUUCCAGGUACGGGCCUUUACCCAGGCAGGAUAUGGAACAUUUAGCCCCAGAGUGGAGAUAAUGACCAAGGAAGAGGCAAUUGCUGCAAUUGUCUCCAGUGAGCAGAACCCUGUCAUCAUCAUAGCGGUGGUGGCAGUGGCAGGAACCAUCAUCCUGGUGUUCAUGGUGUUUGGCUUUAUCAUUGGGAGAAGGCAUUGUGGGUACAGUAAAGCGGAUCAAGAGGGAGAUGAAGAACUUUACUUCCAGUUUAAAUUUCCAGGCACCAAAACAUAUAUUGACCCUGAAACCUAUGAGGAUCCAAAUAGAGCUGUCCAUCAAUUCGCCAAGGAGCUGGAUGUGUCCUGCAUUAAAAUUGAGCGAGUUGUCAGAGCAGGGGAGUUCGAGGAGCUGUGCAGUGGGCGAAUAACUUUACCUGGAAUACAGGACGCUUCGGUGGCCAUUAAAACAUUAAAAAUGGGCUACACCGAGAAGCAGAAACGAGACUUCCUCUGCGAAGCCAGCAUUAUGGCACAGUUUGACCAUCCCAAUGUUUUGCAUCUUGAGGGAGUAGUGACAAGAGGAAAACCAGUGAUGAUUGUUACAGAAUUCAUGGAGAACGGCUCAUUAGAUGCCUUCCUAAGAAUGCAUGAUGGUAAAUUCACCAUCAUUCAGUUGGUUGGCAUGCUGAGGGGCAUAGCAGCAGGAAUGAGAUAUCUUGUCGACAUGGGCUAUGUUCAUCAAGAUCUUGCAGCACGGAACGUCCUCGUCAACAGCAACCUUGUAUGUAAAGUGUCUGACUUCGGCGUGUCCCGGCUGUUAAACGAAGAUCCUGAAACCGUCUACUCGACAACGGGUGGAAAAAUACCAGUCCGGUGGACCGCACCAGAAGCUGUCCAGUUCCGUAAAUUCACUUCUGCAAGUGAUGUGUGGAGUUAUGGCAUUGUCAUGUGGGAAGUCAUGUCCUAUGGGGAAUGGCCAUACUGGGACAUGUCCAAUCAAGAUGUAAAUAAAGCUCUCCAGGAGGGCUACCGUCUUCCAGCGCCUAUGGACUGUCCCCCAGGCCUUCAUCAGCUUAUGUUGGACUGCUGGCAGAAAGAUAGAGGAGAUCGUCCCAAAUUUGAUCAGAUAGUCAGCAUUCUGGACAAAAUGAUUCGAAACCCAAACACACUGAAAACGCCAGUUGGAACAUGUACCAGACCAAUUACACCACUGCUGGAUCAGAGCACACUCAAUUUUUGGGCUCUCCACUCAGUGGAAAAGUGGCUGGAAGCCAUCAAGAUGGAACGAUACCAAAAUAACUUUACAGCAGCUGGCUACAGCUCCCUGAAAUCUGUGGCCAGUAUGUCACUUGAGGAUGUCAGGAGCUUGGGUAUUACACUGGUGGGCCAUCAGAAGAAGAUCAUGAGCAGCAUACAGACGAUGAGAUUGCAGAUGCUGCGUCUUCACAAUGCAGGUGUCCAAGUCUGAUGGAAGCAAAACAACUUGUACAGAGUUGAAUAAAUGGAAUAUCACGUAUAGUUGGUGCGCCUGCAGAGGGAACAUGUUUUUGUCUUCAACGAGACAUUCCGAACUUGAAGGAGAUGACAAUAGAGAAGCAACUAUGGACGAGGCAAAUCGGAUUUCUUUUUUUUUUCUUUUCUUUUCAAUGAGCUAAUGGACACAUAUCAAAUGGUGUGUUAAGAAUUAAGUGUUUAAACUUAAAGACACACACUAUUGGCGAUGGUUUUCCUUCGAAAACUGUUAGUUUUCUUCAACAUGGAAACAGGGUAUUCUCAUUAGCAGCCAAAAAUGGAGAAAAUGUACUUUCAGGGUGAGUUAGGCUCCGGGAUAGAAUUCAAAUAAUUUUUUAACUCGGACUUGGGAACACGGUAUACUCCGUCUUAUCCAAAUAUGGAGAAAGUGUGUUUUGUUUUUUUACCUGUGGAAUCUAUUUCAAGCUCCUAUACUUGUUAGAAUAACCGUUUUCUGAAACCGUCAUUUUCAAUUCAUUUAUGUGCUACACUGAUAGGCCUUGUCAACACGGGACCACUUGUGGGCUUUAGUUGGAUGGGUUGAAAACAAGGUUGAAUCCAUUCACGCCGACGUCGUAUCAAUAAUUUGUUAUGUCCAGACAGAAAUGGAUCAAUGGGUGAAAACAAAGUAAUAUAAGUAUUACAUUGUUUUCACCCGAAAUGGAUGCAUGGGUGAAAACGAUGUAAUAUACUAUAUGUAUUACAUCAUUUUCACCCAUGGAUCCAUUUCUGUCUCGAGGUGCCACGCCUACAUGUGGCGCUCUAAGCCAGGGGUGUCCAAACUAAGGCUUUUAUCCUAAAACUGGCCUGUGGUACGUCUUGAAACAGUUUUUAAUAAUAUUCAAGUUCAUAUACAGUGGGGCAAAAAAGUAUUUAGUCAGCCACCGAUUGUGCAAGUUCUCCCACUUAAAAUGAUGACAGAGGUCUGUAAUUUUCAUCAUAUGUACACUUUGACUGUGAGAGACCGAAUGUGAAAAAAAAUCCAGGAAUUCACAUUGUAGGAAUUGUAAAGAAUUUAUUGGUAAAUUAUGGUGGAAAAUAAGUAUUUGGUGAGAUGAAACCAAAACAGAACGUUUUGGUAUAAACUAAACUGGUCGUGUUGGAAGGAAGAAGAAUAUUGAGUUGCAUCCCAAGAACGCCAUACCUACUGUGAAGCAUGGGGGUGGAAACAUCAUGUUUUGGGGCUGUUUUUCUGCUAAGGGGACAGGACGAUUGAUCCGUGUUCAGGAAAGAAUGAAUGGGGCCAUGUAUCGUGAGAUUUUGAGCCAAAACCUCCUUCCAUCAGUGAGAGAUUUGAAUGGUUGACCAAAUACUUAUUUUCCACCAUAAUUUUACCACAACGUCUGGGCUUCCCUGCUUAGGCUGCUGCCCCCGCGCCCCGACCUCAGGAUGGAUGGAUGAAUAUACUACUGCAUUUUAAUGUUGGUAUUUAUAGUGGAAUUGGUGAUGCACGUUUUUUCUGAGGUUGUACUUAGUAAAAAAAAGUUUUAGAACAACUGCAGUAGAAAGAUAUACAUUUUUUUAGCCCAAUGUGACCAAAGAGUCAAAAUGUUUGGACACCUCUGCUCUAAAUGGACACAGAUAUUAGAAUAAAAAGUGCAUGUGUAUAAAGUGUGCCAUCUUCUGCUACAAAAUAAGAUGAUGCCAAACGCACGUAAGAAAACUGGGUUUUGUCUGGACUGACGAUGAAACGGAAUUUCUUCUGCAAAGAGUACAAACAAAGCUCUCUUCAACACCAUUGUUGUUGUUCUUGUUACGGCCUGUUUGCGUGUGGGUCUGUGAUGGUGAAUUCACGGCGAUGUUGUUGUCCUCCAAAAGUAGUGGUUCUUUUGUCCACCUGAUAAAGGAAAGCCAAAACGAUACAAUACUUACGCCGUCCCCCACCUAAAAACAUCCCCGUUUGCACAGGCCCUAAAUAAACUUUUCUAUACCUUUUUUCUACUCUUUGCUAAUGUAGCAAUACUGUUAAAGUUUUAACGCAGGAAGUAUUUGCUGGGUCUGUGCACUGCUGAAAAGCUAUAUUGAAGCCCCUAUAACUUGUUUUGAUAGAAAUAUGCCUACAUGUUGCAGAGUUUCAGGGGCAUUUUUCAGCUGCAAACACAUCUUCCGUAUUUUUUGGACCAUAAGGCGCAUCGGAUGCACUGUCGACGAAUGGGUUUAUUCGAGUCAAUUUUCAUACGAAAGGUGGACCAGAUUAUAAAUCGCAUUUAAGGAGUCAUAUUAUGAUUUUUUUUUCUAAAUUUUUUAAAACACUUACUUGUAGUCUACUAACAUCUAUUGGUGGGUCUUUGCUCAAAAUGUUGCAUGGAUUGUUUUACAGACCAUAUUUAAUCCACUUAUGGACCGUCUCUUCGGGGCGGUCUUAUUACGUGGCUCCACUUCCACGCCGUCAUCUUUUGUUGUACUUUUUAGCGCUUCCAUAGUGAGUCUACUGACAGACAUAAGUUAGAACUGUACACAACUUUAUAUUAGAAAUGGCAAAGGGAUGGAAUCAAUGCUUCACAACAAAAGGAUAGAAAAGAAGAAGAAAGAGCUUAUUGACUACAAAGGUGAAUGCACGCACAUUUUUGGGACUUAUGCAGAUCCCAAAUACACAUCAGCAGGAACCAAUAGUUAAGAAAAGUUGGUUUGGUUUUGCUGAAUAGGUCAAAAGAAAGCGCCAAAUGAUGUCUCCUAAUAGGUGCCAUUAUGGGGUCCUUACACACACCAUAAUAAUACCCGAACGUUGAAGCACAGUACGUAUGACUACGGUAGCCACAAAGCACCGCGUUCCAUCAAGCUGUGCGACUUAGUCGUAUUAAAAGUAUUUUGACAGAUUUGGGAGUGAUGCGUGUAAUGUUCUAUAUUUUUAAUCAAACAUCAAAGUCUUUGCUAGCGUCCUUUAUUGAACAGGCGUCAUCACGUAUCUUCUAUGUGUAACUGCUGUCUAGUGGUCACACUUAUCAUUACACCACAACCAGAAUAAGCACUAUCAGAAUUAAUGCAUACUGUAUAUAAGUUAUAAGACACACUCAUUGAGAAAAUGAAGGUGUUUUAAGUGUGCCUUAUAGGCCGAAAAAUACGGUAAUUGAAAAUGAAAAAAGAUUAAGUGUUUGACUAAUUGCCAGUGCAAACGCUUUUUUAAAUGAUUUUAUUUUAGGCUGAGCUUAGGUUUUUUUUGCUUUUGUUUUUCCUUGGAAUAUGAUGUUUCGUUAUCUGAAACUUGCACUGCUGAAAUCAAGUUCAAGGACAUAAUUUAUGCUUAAGUGCGAGUGUGCGAAAAAGACAUGAACUAAACAAAGCAAUAAUUACCAGGUAGAAAAGGGUCUUCAUUUGAGAUUUCCAAGGUGCUAGUCAUGUGUGCUGUGAGGAAAAAGCCUUUUUGGAAGCACUAUUUAAACAAUAAAAUAGUGGAUAUUUAUCGGUGGUCACAUCGCAUUCACCAGCAUUGUUGCCCGAAGAUCAAAAGGACAAUUUGAGUUGCUGGAUCAAAAAUUGGGCAAAGACAGAUUGUGAUGCUAAAUUGCCUUCUUGUGUUUUUCUCAUCUGCUCUGUGUAUUCUGUACUGAUCAAAACGAAUGGCAAAUACAUUUUAAUUGAAUGGCAGAGACAAUUUCUUUGUAUUUCUAAUAUUAUCAUCACAAUUUAUACCUCAAACCUCUAAAACGUUGCCACCCAAAAGAGUUUACAGAGCAGUAUUAUUUAAACAUGAUAAGGAAAUUCCGCUAUUUCAAUAUGUGUGUAUUUUUCCCCACCCAAAAGAAAAAUGUUUACAUUGGUUUACUAUGGUUAAAGCACUACUCAUCGGAAAUGACCUUCUGGCUCUCUGUUUGCACUAAGUUUGUGUGAAGUGUUUUGAAAAUCUGCCUAGUGUUAAUGAAUUGUAAAGGCAGGGGAACCAAAAAUGUAAUUAAGCCUGUCCAUGGGACAGUGGGACUUGAACUUUGAAAGGAAAUGCAUUGUACUUUAUUUACUAGUAUUGAUCAUUGUUUAUUGGACCUAUGAUCCUAAAUAAACAAGUGAGAACAACAUCAAAAACUUUGUUCUCAUAUCUUUCUUGCGCUGGCGUUGACAAUGCAAUGUCUUGCUGGUGUGUUAAAUUAUACCGUGUACCAUUUUAUUUCAUGAUUGAGAACCAGCAUGUAUUUGUAUUUGGUGACAGCAUCAGUUAGGGGAUUAUUAUCCUAUUAAGGAAAUAUGCCCUUAAAUAGCUUCGGGCGCAGAUGUCCAUCACAAGCUCUCUAGACAGCAGUGGCUCUUGUUCUCAGGAAAUUGGAGUCUUAAAGGAUAGAAGCAGUUGGAUUUUAGGAGGAAGUGUACAGACAUUAACAACAUAUGGUAGGAACCCCUCAUAGGUAGGAGUACAGGAUAGGGGUCAGAGGUCACCCGACUCAAACCGAUCAGAGGAAAUAGACUGACUGACCAUGCAACAAAUUUGGGUCUUUGUUCAGACUGGCCGGCUCCAAGGCUAGAGUUACAAGAGUGGGGGUUUUCGUGUUAGGGGUAUUCAGGCACAGUGGUCCGAGAGGACAGCAGAAGAGUAAUCAGGCCCAUCCUUUUUCUCCUGGAAGCUGAAGUUCCAGUCUGAGGCUCGCUGAAACAAAAUAAAGCUU